GUAUCUCCCAUCCCAGGAGGAAAUCUAAUCUAAUCUUAGACAACAGCUAGCUAGUUUCAUUCCGAGCAGCUCGGGGAAAAUUAAAUGUAUAGUUAACGAAUGAGAGUAAAAUUUUAGCCAGCUUCUACUUAACCUAUCUUGUCGGAGAUUAAUUAUCAUAGAUCUUAUUAAAAGACUAUGAUUUUACAAGUUAUUUUAGGAUCUCGUAAAUCUCAUUUUUCUUGCCAUAUAAAAGAAGCGGCCAGAAAUAAAAUUAUUUUAGUGAUGUCUGGAUUUUAGAUAAUAGUUUUAUUUUUAUGAUAAAAUGUCCUAAAUUAGAUUACGUAUAGUCGUACUGGCAACUGUUUCUUAAAAACUCAGUGUUACUAUUUAAUGAUAUUUUCAAAAGUAAUAAAACGCGCUCGAUAUCCCUGUUUAUUUUAUUGACCACUCGCCAGAUGUUUGCGCAUUGUUUUCCAGUGCGCAGUAGUUUCUCUGUCGUGAAAUCGGGAUUCUGUUUUAGUAUUAUAUCUACUCUGCCAUUUUGAAAAUAGUGGCGUGUAUGGAUUAGACCUAGUGUUUUUUAUGUGACAAAUAUGUCCGGGAGCAAUGAUAAAGUGUCGACUACGCAGCGUAUGAUCCAAAGUGUUGCUUUCCCUCCAAGCCACAAGCUCACAGUAUCGGAAGUAUUCGAUGAGAAAACUGGACAGCCUCUACCAGAUGUACUGAAGCAACAUUUUAUCUUAGAAGGUCGAAUCGAGGAAAAUGCAGCUUUACGAAUCAUUCAAGAUGGUGCCACCCUAUUGCGAUCUGAGAAAACGAUGAUCGAGAUUGAUUCACCGGUGACUGUGUGCGGAGACGUCCAUGGCCAGUUUUAUGAUUUGAUGAAAUUGUUCGAGGUGGGAGGCUCUCCCUCUUGCACCAAGUAUUUAUUCUUAGGCGAUUAUGUCGACCGAGGUUAUUUCAGUAUAGAAUGUGUUCUUUACCUCUGGGCUUUGAAGUUAUGUUAUCCGAAGACGUUAUUCUUAUUACGCGGCAACCAUGAAUGCCGACAUUUGACAGAAUAUUUUACCUUCAAACAGGAAUGUAAAAUCAAGUAUUCUGAGAAAGUGUAUGAUGCUUGCAUGGAUGCAUUUGAUUGCUUACCACUAGCUGCUCUUAUGAACCAGCAGUUCCUAUGUGUGCAUGGAGGGCUCUCCCCGGAAAUUAACAACUUAGAUGAUAUCCGUAAACUAGAUAGAUUCAAAGAACCGCCUGCAUUUGGAGCUAUGUGUGAUCUACUGUGGUCUGAUCCCCUUGAGGACUUUGGCAAUGAAAAAAAUGCAGAACAUUUCUCGCACAACUCUGUCAGAGGUUGUUCAUAUUUCUAUAGCUAUGCAGCAUGCUGUGAUUUCCUGCAAAGAAACAACUUGUUGUCUAUCAUUCGUGCCCAUGAAGCUCAAGAUGCUGGGUACCGAAUGUAUCGUAAAAGCCAAACCACUGGUUUCCCAAGUCUUAUUACUAUUUUCUCCGCUCCGAACUACCUGGAUGUCUACAACAACAAGGCGGCUGUCCUCAAGUAUGAGAACAAUGUGAUGAACAUCAGACAAUUCAACUGCUCUCCCCACCCCUACUGGCUGCCCAACUUCAUGGAUGUUUUCACUUGGUCUCUUCCAUUUGUGGGUGAGAAAGUCACAGAGAUGCUGGUGAAUGUCCUUAACAUUUGUUCAGAUGAUGAGCUUAUGACUGAGGGUGAGGAUGCAUUGGAGGAAGCUAAUCUCAGAAAAGAAGUCAUCCGCAAUAAAAUUCGUGCCAUUGGAAAAAUGGCACAUGUGUUCUCUGUGCUUCGUGAGGAGAGUGAAUCUGUAUUGCAACUCAAGGGACUCACCCCCACUGGAGCUCUGCCUCUGGGUGCUCUCUCAGGUGGCAAGACAUCUCUGAAGAAUGCCCUGCAAGGCUUCUCUCCUAACCACAAAAUUACUUCAUUUGCUGAAGCUAAGGGCUUGGAUGCCAUCAAUGAGCGCAUGCCCCCAAGGCGUGAUGGGCAGCGCACACCUGAUCCCCAGGACAAAAAACCUCAUGUAAACAGCAAUGCACACUCGUGAAGUGUUAGCUCCAUCUUCUCUUCGAUCCUUACUUUUUGAUCCACAUUAUAGUGGUAGUGAAAUAUGUGUGAAGGAGACUCAGCUUUUGGAAUGAUAAUAUUUCACAUUCAUAAUACUAGGUGGAUUUGAAGGGAAUUGUAAUAGAUACAAAAUAUUUUUAAAUUUGGAUUUAACUUUUUUUCAAUAGUUGAAAUUAAAAUUUCUCUUAAGAUAUUACCUCUCGAUAUUUAAAGUAUGUCAGAUCUGCAGGCAACAAAUUUAUUUAGUCAAUUAAAUAUUAAGGAAUGCACAUUUAUUUAUAAUGCGCUGCACUGUUUAAUUUUUGGUAAUGUAAUUUUAAAUUUUUCAUAUGAAAAAGACAUGAUAUUGUAAUGUAAAUUUAUUCAGAUUAUCUACUUAUACUCUACAUUGUUAUCUACAUUAGUGAAAAUUAGACAUGUCUAUAAUUUUCAAAGCAUAAUUAGCUGUGAUAUUAAGCGAUGAUCAGUGUAUUAUUUAAUAGCGAUCCGCUAGUGGUGUACGGGCAUGUUCAUUGGCUAAUCAUGCAUUGAAAUAUGUAAAGUAAGCAGAGAAGUUCUCGGCUUAGGGCGUGUCUUUAUAUUCUAUUUAAGUAAUAAAAAUAAUUAUGUACUAUAGUGUGCAGCACAUGGUGUGUUGUUGCCGUGCGUGUGUGCUGUGUAAAUAUGCCUUGUGCGUACACACACGUUAUUGCAGCUUUAACACUUGAGAUAAAUAUUACUCUCUUUAAUAUCUUUGCUACAAGUUGUACUUAAUUGUAUUUUAUUGUACAAAAUAUACUAAAAUUACUAUCUAUAAACUAUUACUUAAAUUUAAUUUAUAUUUGGGUGUAUGCUGGCCCUUCGUUGCCUGCAUGCAGCUGAACUUGUAUGCUGGAACAUCACAUAUUAAAGUUUCUUAGCCAUAAUGUUUCGGUAUAUAAGGUGUAGUGGCUAGUCUAAUUGCAGAUUUUCUUACAGCUUCUAUUCCAAAUUUCACUUAUAUAAUAAUAUAUGGUUAAAUGACCUAUGCACUGUUGGAAAAUCUCUUUUGGUCUGCCAAAUAAUUAUUAAUCGAUGCAAUAAGUUCAUAUGUGAAUACUAAAAGUGGCUUACAUCAUUUUCAAAGUCAGUACUAAGUAUUUUAUCUCAAUUCAGUGUGUAGUCCUUCAUAUGUUCUGUACUUUUAAAUAAAUUUUACCUAUGUAAAAAACUAACCAUAUAUUUAAUUUUAUUUUGUACUAAUCAUGGGAAGUGUUGUUUUAUCCUUAUAAAAUAUAUUAACAUUGAGCUCCAUA